CUUUACCACAGCAGGCCAGAGGAGAAGGUGUGUUCUCUGGUCUCUUGCCUUUGCUGCAUGGAGAGUCCGCAUACCAGUGAGUGAUCUGCGUGUAUCAGUUUAGGGAAAAUGGCUAGCUCCUACAUCCUGUGGCUGGCCUCGGUCUGCCUUCUGACCCAAGCAGCUAUUCAGCAACCAGGUUACAGAAACCAAUCCUCCAAGGUGGGCCUGGACUGUGGCACCUCGGGUGGAAACUGCAUUGACCCCUGCGAUAAUCACCUCAUCCUGAAUGACCCCACCCGAAGCACAGAUUUCGAGGCCGGUGAUGAGCCAAAGUGUGACAAGGAUCUGAUAGGCUGGUACCGCUUCAUGGGUGACGGGGGCGUGAGGCUGCCAGAGACCUGUGUCCCAGUGUUCCAGUGCGACACCCUUGCCCCCAUGUGGCUGAAUGGGCUGCACCCCACCGUGAACGAGGGCAUCGUCAGUCGCAAAACCUGUGCCCACUGGAGUGGCAACUGCUGCCUGUGGGAGUCUGAGGUGCUGGUGAAGGCCUGCACAGGCGGCUACUUUGUGUACAAGCUGCAGGGCACACCUGACUGCGACCUGCGGUACUGCACAGACCAUUUAACUGCACAAAACAAGUGUGACAAGGCUUGCCGUCCAGAAGAGGAGUGUCGCUACGAGAAUGGCAGAUGGGGCUGCUUCUGCCGGCCGGGCCUCAACAUCACAGAAACCCAUACUCUGCGAAACCAGCUCAGCUGCGGGAAUCGGGAGAUGAAGGUGUCUCUGGACAGCUGUCAGCUGGGAGGCUUGGGCUUUAGGGACAAAGUCGAAGCCUACCUGCGGGACCGUAACUGCAGUGGUAUCAUGCAGAAGGAGGAGGACAACUGGGUGUCGAUGACCAUCCCCACCCAGGCUACGGCCUGCGGGAACAUUCUGGAGAAAAAUGGAACACAUGUCAUCUACAAAAACACCCUCUCUUUGGUCAAUGAUUUAAUCAUCAGAGACAAACUUCUCAGUGUCAACUUCCAAUGCGCCUACCCGCUGGACAUGAAGGCCAGCCUUGAAACAGCCCUGCAGCCCAUUGUCAGCACCGUGAGCAUCAACGCGAGCGGGAACGGAGAAUUCACUGUCAGAAUGGCCGUCUUCCAGGACUCUGACUACAGAUUUCCCUAUGAAGGGGACAAGGUCAUCCUGCCAGUGGAGUCCCUGCUCUAUGUGGGUGCCAUCCUGGAGCGAGGGGACACCUCCCGCUUCAAGCUGUUGCUGAGGAACUGCUAUGCCACUCCCUCCCGAGACAAGAACGACCCCGUGAAAUAUUUCAUCAUCAAAAAUAGCUGCCCAAAUCCAUCUGAUCCUACAGUCUCUGUGGUGGAGAAUGGGGUGUCUGAAAAAACCCGCUUCUCAGUUCAGAUGUUCAUGUUUGCUGGGAAUAGUGACCUGGUGUUCCUGCAUUGUGAGGUCUAUCUCUGUGAUCCCCUGAAUGAACAGUGCACGCCCACUUGCUACAAAAACCAGCUCCGCAGCGAAGUGGAGACUAUCAACCCAGAUCGGGUGCUCGACUUGGGACCCAUUGCUCGGAAAGACACUCUUGAAUGUACCAACACUUUGAGAAGGCCCAAGCGGUAA